CAGAUUUGGCGGUGUGUAAACACCUGGCCCUGAGCCAGAAAAGACUCAUUCUGUGUAUCCUCCACACGGAGAGACUGUCGGACGAAAAAGAACCUGCUUCUCCUUGAAUUAAAAAGCAAACAAACAGAGGUUCUUUGCAGAAGCACUUUUCCAGCUUCUCCCUUCCUGGCUGUAUGACAAGUGUUCUUAUACCUCACGUGACCGAGGAUGGGUCGUGGGCAUUCACACCAUCAGUGACCAAGGCAACAGAGACCCACGCUACUUUUUCUCCUUGAAGACAGACCGGGCCCGGCAAGUGACCACCAUCAAUGCCCACCAAAGCUACCUCCCUGGCCAGUGGGUAUUCCUAGCUGCCACCUACGAUGGGCGGCUGAUGAAGCUCUAUGUGAAUGGUGCCCAGGUGGCGACCUCUGGGGAUCAGGUGGGUGGCAUAUUCAGCCCAUUGACUCAGAAGUGUAAAGUGCUCAUGUUGGGGGGCAGCACCCUGAACCACAACUACCGGGGCUACAUCGAGCGCUUCAGUCUGUGGAAGGUGGCCAGGACCCAGCGGGAGGUCCUGCUGGACAUGGAAACCCAUGGCCUCCACACGCCUCUACCUCAGCUCCUCCUACAGGAGAACUGGGACAAUGUGAAGCGCACCUGGUCCCCCAUGAAGGACGGCCACAGCCCCCAGGUGGAGUUCAGCGGUGCCCACAGCUUCCUGCUGGACACCACUUUGGAGCCCCCUCUGUGCGGGCAGACGUUGUGCGACAACGCGCAAGUCAUUGCCAGCUACAACCAGCUGCCGCGCUUCCGCCGGCCCAAGGUGGUGCGCUACCGCGUGGUCAACCUCCAUGACGACAGCCACGAGAACCCCACGGUGAGCCGCCAGCAAAUCGAGCUCCAGCACCAGCAGCUGGCCGAGGCCUUCCAGCCCUACAACAUCUCCUGGGAGCUGGAGGUGCUAGAGGUGAGCAACUCCUCCCUGCGCCACCGCCUCAUCCUGGCCAACUGCGACAUCAGCAAGAUCGGGGACGAGAACUGCGACCCCGAGUGCAACCACACGCUUACCGGCCAUGACGGUGGGGACUGCCGCCACCUGCGCCACCCCGCCUUCAUGAAGAAGCAGCAGAAUGGGGUGUGUGACAUGGACUGUAACUACGAACGGUUCAACUUCGACGGCGGGGAGUGUUGUGACCCCGACAUCACAGAUGUCACCCAGACAUGCUUCGAUCCUGACUCUCCACACAGAGCGUACUUGGAUGUUAAUGAACUGAAGAACAUUCUUAGACUGGAUGGAACUACACACCUCAAUAUCUUCUUUGCAAACUCCUCGGAGGAGGAAUUGGCAGGAGUAGCCACUUGGCCAUGGGACAAGGAGGCCCUAAUGCCCUUAGGUGGCAUCGUCCUGAACCCAUCUGUCUAUGGCAUUCCUGGGCACACCCACACCAUGAUCCACGAGAUCGGGCACAGCCUGGGCCUCUAUCACAUCUUUCGAGGCAUCUCAGAAAUACAGUCUUGCAGUGACCCCUGCAUGGAGACCGAGCCCUCCUUUGAGACUGGAGACCUCUGCAGUGACACCAACCCAGCCCCCAAAUACAAGUUCUGUGGUGACCCAGGGCCAGGAAACGACACCUGUGGCUUUCACAGCUUCUUCGACACUCCUUACAACAACUUCAUGAGCUAUGCAGACGACGACUGCACCGACUCCUUCACGCCCAAUCAAGUCGCCAGAAUGCACUGCUACCUGGACCUGGUGUACCAGGGCUGGCAGUCCUCCAAGAAGCCGGCGCCGGUCGCCCUGGCUCCCCAGAUUGUGGGCCACACGACUGACUCCGUGACGCUGGAGUGGUUUCCACCCAUCGAUGGCCACUUCUUUGAAAGAGAAUUGGGAUCAGCAUGUGACCUUUGCCUGGAAGGGAGGAUCCUGGUGCAGUAUGCCUUCAACGCCUCCUCCCCGAUGCCCUGUGGCCCAUCCGGACACUGGAGUCCCCGGGAAGCAGAAGGCCAUCCAGAUGUUGAACAACCCUGUAAGUCCAGUGUCCGCACCUGGAGCCCAAAUUCAGCUGUCAACCCACACACGGUCCCGCCAGCCUGCCCUGAGCCACAAGGCUGCUACCUUGAACUGGAAUUUCACUAUCCUUUGGUUCCUGAGUCUCUGACGGUCUGGGUGACCUUUGUCUCCACUGACUGGGACUCUAGUGGGGCUGUCAAUGACAUCAAACUGUUGACUACCACGGGGAAGAACAUCUCCCUGGGCCCUCAGAACGUAUUCUGCGAUGUUCCACUGACCAUCAAACUCCGGGAUGUGGGCGAGGAGGUAUAUGGCAUUCAGAUCUACACGUUGGAUGAGCACCUGGAGAUUGAUGCUGCCAUGUUGACCUCCAUUGCAGACAGCCCACUCUGCCUAGCGUGUAAGCCCCUGCAGUACAAAGUGGUCCGGGACCCUCCUCUCCAGGUGGACGUGGCCUCCAUCCUGCAUCUCAAUAGAAGAUUCACAGACAUGGACCUCACUCUUGGCAGUGUGUACCAGUACUGGGUCAUCACCAUUUCCGGAAGUGAGGAAGGCGAGCCAUCGCCUGCUGCUGUAUACACCCAUGGAAGUGGGUACUGUGGCGACGGCAUCAUCCAGAAAGGCCAAGGUGAAGAAUGCGAUGACAUGAAUAAGAUCAAUGGUGAUGGCUGCUCCCUGUUCUGCCGACAGGAAGUUUCCUUCAAUUGCAUUGAUGAACCCAGCCGGUGCUAUUUCCACGAUGGUGAUGGGGUAUGUGAGGAGUUUGAACAAAAAACCAGCAUCAAGGACUGUGGUGUCUACACGCCCCAAGGGUUCCUAGAUCAGUGGGCAUCCAAUGCUUCAGUUUCCCAUCAAGACCAGCAAUGCCCAGGCUGGGUCAUCAUUGGCCAGCCGGCAGCAUCCCAGGUGUGUCGGACCAAGGUGAUUGAUCUCAGUGAAGGCAUUUCCCAACACGCCUGGUAUCCUUGCACCAUCAGCUACCCCUACUCCCAGCUGACCCAGACCACGUUCUGGCUCCGGGCAUACUUUUCUCAGCCAAUGGUUGCUGCAGCUGUUAUUGUCCACCUGGUGACCGAUGGGACCUACUAUGGGGACCAAAAGCAGGAAACCAUCAGCGUCCAGCUGCUUGACACCAAAGAGCAGAGCCAUGAUCUAGGCCUCCACGUCCUGAGCUGCAGGAACAAUCCCCUGAUUAUCCCUGUGGUCCAUGACCUCAGCCAGCCCUUCUACCACAGCCAGGCGGUGCGAGUGAGCUUCAGCUCACCCCUGCUCGCCAUCUCGGGGGUGGCCCUCCGCUCCUUCGACGGCUUUGACCCCGUCACCCUGAGCAGCUGCCAGAGAGGGGAGACCUACAGCUCUGCCGAGCAGAGCUGUGUGCACUUCGCAUGUGAGGCCACUGACUGUCCGGAGCUGGCCGUGGAGAACGCCUCUCUCAAUUGCUCCAGCAGCGACCGCUAUCAUGGUGCCCAGUGCACUGUGAGCUGCCGGACGGGCUAUGUGCUCCAGAUACGGAGGGAUGAUGAGCUGAUCAAGAGCCAGACGGGACCCAGCGUCACAGUGACCUGCACCGAGGGCAAGUGGAACAAGCAGGUGGCGUGUGAGCCCGUGGACUGUGGCGUCCCAGACCAACAUCACGUCUAUGCUGCCUCCUUCUCCUGCCUCGAGGGCACCACCUUUGGCAGCAAAUGCUCCUUCCAGUGUCGCCACCCAGCGCAGUUGAAAGGCAACAACAGCCUCCUGACCUGCAUGGAGGACGGGCUGUGGUCCUUCCCGGAAGCCCUGUGCGAGCUCAUGUGUCUGGCUCCGCCCCCGGUGCCCAAUGCAGACCUGCAGACCGCCAGGUGCCGAGAGAACAAGCACAAGGUGGGCUCUUUCUGCAAGUACAAGUGCAAGCCUGGAUACCAUGUGCCCGGUGCCUCUCGGAAGUCAAAGAAGCGCGCCUUCAAGACUCAGUGCACCCAAGACGGCAGCUGGCAGGAGGGAGCCUGUGUUCCUGUGACAUGUGACCCGCCUCCACCGAAGUUCCACGGGCUCUACCAGUGCACAGACGGCUUCCAGUUCAACAGCGAGUGUCGGAUCAGGUGUGAAGACAGCGAUGCCACCCAGGGCCGGGGGAGCAACGUCAUCCACUGCCGGAAAGACGGGACCUGGAGUGGCUCCUUCCACCUCUGCCGGGAGAUGCAAGGCCAGUGCUCGGCCCCGAACCAGCUCAACAGCAACCUCAAACUGCAGUGUCCUGAAGGCCACGCCAUAGGGUCCGAGUGUGCCACCUCCUGCCUGGACCACAACAGUGAGCCCAUUAUCCUGCCCACGAACGUGACUGUCCGUGACAUCCCUCACUGGCUGAACCCCACGCGGGUGCAGAGAGUCGUCUGCACGGCUGGCCUCAAGUGGUACCCUCACCCUGCUGUGAUCCACUGUGUCAAAGGCUGUGAGCCCUUCAUGGGAGACAAUUACUGUGAUGCCAUCAACAAUAGAGCCUUCUGCAACUACGAUGGUGGGGACUGCUGCACGUCCACGGUGAAGACCAAAAAGGUCACUCCCUUCCCUAUGUCCUGUGACCUACAAGGUGACUGUGCUUGUCGGGACCCCCAGGCCCGAGAACACAGCCGGAAAGACCUCCGGGGAUACAGCCACGGCUAAGGAAGGACAAGGAGUUAAGAAUUCCCAGCGCCAGGACCCGCAUCCCUUUGGUAUUGAUUUCACAGUGAGCUGCUCCACGGAAUGGCCUCUCCACACCAGGGAUCCUUAGCAUCCAACCGGUCUGCCUUUAAUUUCACCCAGGAAGGACUCACAGUGGGGGCGCACGAAGCAAGUCUCACCAUGUUAAGUAAUGGCAUGGAAUCCCACCCCACAGUCUUAGAUGGAUCACAUGCACAGCAUGCAGUCCCAGAGCCUCCUAAAACUCUAACCAUUUGUCACAUGACCGCAGCGAGAAACAUGCUCUGUGCCCAGGAAUGUGCACAUCUGUGGUUAGUACACAUGCAUGCAUACACACCCAUACAAACAUCUGUGUGAGGGCAGUUUUGGAGACUGAGCAGAGAGAGACUGGAACAAAGUCAAUCUUUCCUUUCCCAAGCUCCCAGCCAACACUGUCCUUGGGAGAAAGAGUUGCAGAAACUGCUAAGGCCGAGUAUUGAGAUGCCAAGAUAGUUCACACCCUGAGGCCUGGAAUAUGUAGGACGUGCGCAGUGGUACAGUCCUUUGGGAUCGAAAGUGAAAUGGUCUCUGAUCACCUACCUUCUAGGAAAGUAGGGCCCAGGGAGAAAGAAUCCAAAGUGUACGAAGCCCCCCGAUUUUUCCCGCUGCCAUGGGGGACUUACCCCAACUCCAGGGUUUAAGGCCAAGCUGGAAAUGGCUUAAGAUUGCAAUGUCAAGGUAUUAUAAGAGCCCCCUGCUUGAGGCAUGAGGCCAUAAUAUCCCUCCGGAACCCAUCCAUUCCCCAAAUCUUGCCUUGGGACCACAUUUGCUGCUACUUUUCCUGCUGCUCUAUCCUAUACAUUAAGUAACCCAAGAUGAUAGGACUAGGUUAGGAAAAACCCCACACAACCAAACAGUCUGCCUUAAACGUGACCCACAUUUCCCCAUAGCUCCUCACUCCCUAGUCCUCCUGCAAGAGAAACCCCUCCUUGGCCCCCCAUGGAGAGAAGCGUGGUCCUCUGUGGGUGGGCUUCUUACCCUGGAAGGGAGUCGGAACCCUCAGCGAGAGUACAGAAUGUCUAAGCCAGUGUUAGAUUUUAUAAUCAAGUGGAACAGUGUUAUGUUUCUGUGAUGCUAGAGUCAUCCGGGGACUGUUAGAGUUGUAAGGACUCUUGAGUUAUGCUCCUUCACCGAGCCUUCCUGCCCAUCCAGGCUACAGGGGGCUUUGGUCCUAAGGACCUUGAGGUGGCCCUGAGCAGCUAGCCUCCUAUAAUAGAGAAUCAUCUUGGAUGUGAUCAGUCUCGACUGUGUUCCAGGGGCCAUCAGAGGGAAGUCCAAGGGCGCCAGCCUCGGUCCCCAGCAACCCAGAAUGGUCAUGAUGUUUCCCAUAGUCUUCCAUUUGCCAGUGCUCCCGUCCACACCUGGGGGUGGGCAACCCUUCCGUCUCUCCCACAUUCCACCUCCAAAAGUGCAGAGUAAGUCAGACCCCCGUAGGAGCCCCGCCCUCUUUGGGGCCCUCUGCCUCUUUUCAGCC